AUGCAAUCAGGGCCUUCUGACGUUUUAAACCGUCCAUAUACAGUAAACCCGCCCCGAGAAAACUUUCAGUCUUUCCAGCAUGGACAUGGUUCUUACGGCGACUCCCGAGGCUCCGGCCGUCUUUAUGAAGAUGCCGGAGGCUCUGACUCAUCGCCAGGCGAUACCCCGUUCCUAAGCACCCAGGCCUCACCAGCGGCUGAUGGAGUCAUUGAGUACGCGCACAGUACAAGGAGUCAGUCGGACUGUGGAUUCAUAGUGAUACCCUCGACGAAGCAAUCGAGCGUGUCUCUUGAUGCAUUUCCGAAUGAGGUCUUAACCCAUAUUUUAUCUCACUUGCCUCCACCGUCUUUGUCAUCUAUUGCGCUAGUCUCUCGUCGAUUCCACGGCCUCGUCACUACCCCUCACGCUUGGAGAAUAGCCUUCUCCCGCUACUUUCCCGGCCCCUCAGUCUUGGAAAAUCCGGAAACCUCCGAUCGAUUGACGUCAGACAAACGAUAUUUCUCGAGGCUCACUGCACUCGCGUCUUGGAGGAGUGAAUAUAUUCUACGCACUCGUCUACUGCGCUCGCUCUCGCGAGGCAAACCUGGGCAGCUUGAGGUGUCGAAAAAGAAUGGCACAGUUCGAACCGCAUCGGUCCGCAAUGGGAGCGCGAUCGCAACUUAUACUUCCCAGCUCUUGUAUCCUGUCAGCCAUCUGAGUGGAACUUUCGGCCGUGACUCUGCCAAGAAAGAGCCUCUCUUUAUCCAUGGAGCCUCGGAACAGUGCGCCGUAACUGCGAGCGACCCGUCGACUGUCAAAGUUGGGACUUGGGGAUUGGCUGACCACAAUUUUUCCCGUCACUUUGCUGAUUCAUUUCCUGGAGAAUCCGAAUAUGGGCUUGGUUCCGGUAAUAUCGUCGGAGUGCCGAACUCUAUGGAUGUCAGUCAGCCCUUCGGCAUGAUCUAUGGCGAAGGAUGCCCGCAAGGACGUACUUACUAUCUAUCCACGGCUGAGCAAAGGGGAAGAUUUUUAGACAUUAGCGAUGGAAGCUCACUUCCCAAGCUUGGAAUUCCUGCCAUCAACCGCAUCACAACAGCCAUCACUGCUGUAUGGAUCGCGAAGUCGGCUGAGAUAUUGAAAAUGACUGGUGGUUUGAUCGGCAUGUUAUCUGGCUCUUCCUCAGGGAUACUGACAGCUUAUGCUCUGGGACCUCAUCCGACCUACCAGAAGCGGUUUGAACGAGGUCAAGUCACAGCUCGAUGGGUUCUUAGCCCUGGUGUUCCCAUCGUCGGGAUAUCUGUUGACGAUAAUUAUUCUCCAAAGCGUCGCCAGCGUGGACGUGUUUGGAUAGCUGUGCUUAAUGCUCUGGGUGAGGUGUUCUAUCUUUCCGAUAUACCUCAGCAGACCGAACCCAUGUCUGCCAACAUAACGCCUGAAGUUGCAGAUCAAAUGGCUUGGAAGACUGGUAGGACAGUCCGUUGGGAAUUGGUGGAAGUCAGCAGACGCACUGCUCGACCUGAUCCGUUCAACCGUGAGCUCGUCGAUGGCAGCUACAGUCCACGAUCGUCCUCAGACUCAAUGAAGCUCAGCGAGGAACAGAUAGCAGCGGAAACGAAGGAGAUUGAACAAUUCAUGUCGUUCAAACCGAAACAUUUCCGAAAGGUGUGCGAAGGUUGGGACAUGAGGCGUGACCUUCGAGUUGAUUUCGCCGGAGGCGACGGUCGUGGUGCCGGUGAAUCCUUCAUAGUGAUUCAACGUGGUGAUGGUGAAAAUCAGAAAGCCUCUAUUCGCCGGUAUACUCGCAAGCUUCGGUCACUCCAUUUAUCAACAUCCCCCUCUCAGCCUGGUACUCCUGCACCGCGCGCUGCGUCGCCCUCCAUAUUUGGAGGGCCUGUUGUCUCUCCGGAAGUUUCAUCAGCCACAAGCAGUAUCCCAUCAUCUAGGGCGUCUGGCCAAAUUGAUGAACCUGUUUGUUCUCCCUCAAAUACGGAAUGGUACAUCACAGACUUCCACUUCGAAGGUCGUAAAUCCGUCCAAAUCACGACAAGCGCAUUGGACCUUUCAACCUACGCCGUGUUAACUCCUGAUGAAGAUCUCUUAAUGUCAGGCGACUCUGGUGCUUCCUCGGCCGUGUCGUCGCCGCUUCCGCAUAUGCAACGAUCAUCCGAUUCUGGGAUUCCGGGGCAGCGUGGGCGAUACAUGGCUGUUGGCACUGCUACUGGCUCCGUUUUUGUAUGGGAUAUUCGAUCUCCCACUUCGAGGAAUUCUGAGAUCAUUAAUUCUAUUGCUCCGAUUCGGAUUAUAUUCACGGAGUCUCCACGAGUGUCUAGUGUCGCGCUGACAUCGUUGUAUCUGGUUCAUGGUGGAAACGACGGACUAGUGCAGGCCUGGGAUCCCCUCGCUUCCACUACCCGUCCCAUUCGAACCAUCAACUCGCGAUUUUCCACACGGGCACGUCGACGCCUAAUUCAAGCCGAAGCCUCUCUUCAUGGCGUUGGGAACAACUUUUAUGCAACUGGCGCUAUAUGUCUUGAUCCUGAUCCCACUCGUCUGAGAGGCAUGGUGGCUUUGGGCACCCACCUUCGUUAUUGGUCCUACAGCUCCACCGCGGCCGAUCAGUAUAAGAGUAACAAACGUCGGCUUCGCUAUGGCCAACGGGGCGGCAAUGCAGCCGCUGGCGGCCAGCGAUUCAAUAAUAGCGGACGCGGAGCCAUCAACGAUUACAUCGAGGACGAGAAACGGGAAAUGGAGCGACAGGCGCGGGCUGACGAAAAAGAGAGAGCUCAUCUGAGCAACCGCUUUGGCAUCGAUCUCCUAGGGCCGGACGUCAGCGAGGAGGAACUUCUCGCGUACGCACAGUUACUGAGUCAGGAAGCCUACAGCAGCGAAGCGAUGAAACGCGGUGACUCGGUGGGAGAUUCUGUCAUAAGUACUUCAUCUAGCGACACUGUGGGGCCGAAUGACAGUUCUUUUGCUCUCGAUGAGCUUUCCUCCGCCUCUUCACCAUGUGAUGAUACUGUUGAUGAUUUGGACCCAGAAAUAGCUGAAGCGAUCCGUCUAAGUCUCGAAGAAUCCUCUAAUCAUGGGCGGUUCGAAUCACCCUCACCCUUUUCCGUCAAGUACUCGAUUGGCUCCCCAUCGGGUAAGAGCGCAUCAUCUCCUGCCAAGCCCACGAUCGCAGAAAGCAGCCGACAACAGGAGAUUGACGAUCUCGAUUUGGCUAUCCAGCUGAGUCUCAUGGAGACUCACGGCAAUAGUGAACAUGAUGAGCAUACCAACCAUCAAGAGGAAGAGUUCCCUACGCUUCCUGCAGGGCCAUUCCCAGCUUCUUCGAAAAAUAAGGGCAAGACUCGGAUGGUGUGGUGACCACCCUCUGACCUUCAAUAAUGGAUUCUUUGCGGGUUUGUUUCCUUUUAAUUGAUUCUACAUAUAUUGAUUCACUUUAGUUGCAAUGUAAGGUCAAACUUUAGGGCUUCCAAUGCAGCCAUGAACAUAUUCAAGCUGGUAAAUAGAGAGAUCAUACGAAGUAGAUUAUCUUACAUUAUCAAUACCUCCUCGAACAUGUGAUAUCGAACCGAGAAAAAGACCGAUGGCUCAGGCAGGUAACCAGCACCGUUUGUCGUACGGUCGCUCUUGCUUGAAGUUACUGAAUACCCAUUUAG